CUUCGCGGUGACGUCAGGCCCAGAUGUUUUCCCAGGCCACGCCCCCGCAGGGGUCCGGGCGACUCCGAGGAGCGAUAACGGGGAAAGCUUAUUCUACUGUCACAACGCAAUGGAAGGGCAGGGGAAACCGCAUCUUUAUUUUAUUGCGUUCUCGAAAAACCAGCAUUAAUUCAUACUCCAAGCAACAAGCUGCCAGUGCCAGGAUCUAGCUGCUCUUCUUUUUCUCUUCCAUUGGAUUUCCAACGCUUUUUUGAUUUGGGGACAAGCUGGGUGUGAUCGUCAUGAACAAAGUGUGGUUUUGAUGGCUGCAAAAUCGGCCUUUACUUCUACAAAGAGAUCCUAAGAAAUAAGAGAGGGAAAAGUCUGCUUGCAUAAUCUUUUUUAAAAAGGGAAAGAGCAGUGUUGUGGUGGUGGUUUUUUUUUUUCCCCUCUUCUGUUUGGAUUUCUUUUUAAACUUAUGAAAAAAUGGCAACAGCAGCAUGUGUGGAUCAUUUUGCAGCAGAGUGCCUUGUUUCUAUGUCCAGUCGUGCUAUUAUCCAUGCUCCCAAAGGGGAGCCUGAUCCCCAACCUGGUGCAGCAAUACCUCCUUCAUCAAAUGGGGAAGAUAAGCGGGAAGUCAGAGAAACCGGGAAAGACAAUGGAUCAUCAUUACUUGUUGUAGCUAGCAUUUUAGCAGAUCUGAACCAGCAUGUCCCAAACUCACCUGCUCUAAGGAUGGAAAAAAGAGAGACCUUUGAUAUCACAGAACAAUUACACAUUUCUAUUGCUCCUAAGGAGUUUGGGGAAGAAAGUGUGUCUUCGGCUGGUAAGCAUGGAGGAGGAAGAGCUGCCACACCUACUAGCCUGGCUGCAGUAACUGAGCCAAGCCCCAGACAAAAGAACAAACGCACGAGAAGCUGGACUGACCCUGGAUCACCCCAGAAAAAGCACAAAUGCCACUAUGUGGGGUGUGAAAAAAUUUAUGGCAAAUCUUCCCAUCUUAAAGCUCAUCUAAGGACCCACACAGGUGAACGGCCUUUUGAAUGCAGCUGGCAAGGAUGUAAUAAGAAGUUUGCCCGCUCCGAUGAGCUGGCCCGCCAUUACCGCACUCACACAGGAGAAAAGAAGUUCAGCUGUCCUCUCUGUGAGAAACGCUUCAUGCGCAGCGACCAUCUGACAAAACAUGCCCGUCGCCAUGCCAAUUUCCACCCAAGCAUGCUCAAGAGGCGAAGUGGAAGCAGCUCAAGAACAGGCUCUGUCAGUGACUACAGCCGCUCAGAUGCCUCAAGCCCGACUAUUAGCCCCGCCAGUUCCCCAUAGACCUACCUGCACUGGAUGUCAGCACUUUGCCUCCGAUACCUAAUGUGGAGUUUUGUUUGUGUUGCACACAUGUAAAAAACUCUGUCGCUUCCCCUCAGUUCCCCACUCCCCCCGUCUUUUUUUUUAAAUUAGUAAAUAGCUGCCUCCCACUGCAAUUUCCAGUCAAACUUUCUUUACCCAACCACACAAGUGGCUAUUCUAACCUCAUGGACAGACAGACUUACAUGUUAUACUUAGUGACUCCUGCUGUCUCAAUAUUUCAUACAUUUUGCAACCAUUUAGAGAUCCUCUUGAUUAUUCUUUGUAAGAAAAUGAGAAAAUCUAAAAAAAGAAAAAAACCCCACUUAAUUCACCUCAGGUGUCAAAGUAGUUUUGUAAGACCGGAUUGCACAACAUGAGCAUACAUACACUUACAAAUCAACUGUGUUGGAUUGUGUCCCCCUUCUCCUUUCUCAGGGAUGGAUAUUUAAGUUACACAAUAACUACAAUGAAGACACUCCCUAACUGCAGCCUUAUUCUGUAAAUAUAUUUGCACUCCGAAGCUUUUUGUUAGGUUCUUUCACACACUGGGGAAAAAAAAAAAACAACAAACAGACAAUACAAAAACCAAACCAGUACUGGAAUGUAGUACCAGACUCUUCCAUUGUUUGUUUUCCUGAUUAUAUACCUACAUUGGGGAGUGUCCAGACAGGAGUCUUGUCUUUCUUCAAGCUGCCCUCUGCUUUUGGUAGCAAGCCAUCUUUUCACUUCAUGCUGAAGAUGCUCCAAAAUCAACUUCCUAUUGCAAAAAUCUUUGUGAGGUUGAUAAACUUGUUUGCUUAUUUGUUUCAUGCUAGAUAAAAUUCUGAGAAAAAAUUCUAAACAAGAUGCCUUAAGUAUAUAACCUAAAUCACGAGGAAACAUAUUUACACUGGGUAACAUUUUAUUGCAAGGUGGCAUGGAAUCUCAGAGGCAUUCUGUCAUCACACUCUCCAAGUUGUUAAGCUCUCUGCACUGCCUGUUCAGUAUGGGACCAACAGAAUAUGCAAAUCAAACCACACUGACUUGAACAAUUUUUUUUAUUCUUUUUUCCUUUUUUUUUUUUAAUGAAUUAUGGAAAUAGCAUAGCUGAACCACUUCCCACCAAAACUUUUAUCAAGGUACUUACCUACUGUACAGCUGUAUCUUAGCCAGACAAAUUGGCUAAGACAUAGUUUCUGUAUCCUGUUGCAUCACAAUUGUGAUCACUGAUAAAAGGAAGCAAAAAUCAUAAGGUAUCUUCUGACUGGAAAAACAAAAUAUGCAUUUUUUAAGUUUUAAAAUAAAAUGACAUUUUAGCUCAGCACCACUACAAGUUUCUCAAAAAUACACAUACCAGCAUAAAGUAAGGUGCUGUCAUUUCUGAAUAACUGCUUAAUAACUAAAAGGCAAUCUUCACUAGUUUUCAAUAACUUUCAAAUAUCUGACACUAGAUAGACCACUAGGAGGUAGAUUUUUAUGUUUUAUAUGGUAGAAAAUAUAGCAAAAGACCAGGAGCAUUAUUGAUGUACUGGAGACCUCACUGGCAGCAAAUACACUCUCCUUGGUUUGGCUGGAUCUGAUGGUGCAUAGUAUAAAUACAGGUCCUUUUGAUUCAGGAAUUUUUUGGGUUUUCUUGUUUUUAUUGUAGGGUAUAAAUACAGUUAAGUGUAGCAUGGUGAAAAGAAACUCUCUACGCCAAACCUGCCGUUUGAUAUCAAGUGAAUGCCUCCAGAUUCCAAAUGAACCUGUAUCUUGCUGCUUUGCAUUGAUCCAGUUUUGCAAGUUUUUAUUGUACUGUAUAUUAACUGUGAGGGGCUAAUAUAGAUUUCCAAGUAGUUUCAUAGGUACUUCCAUAAUAUUUACAUUAUUCCUAAUACUAUGCAUUCUAUUAGUUGUAUGGAUAAAUACUUAAAGACAGUUCAAAGUGCAGAUAUUUCAGUAUUUUUUUCAUGUUCGUUUGCUUCAGAUUUCACCUCUGUAAAAUCACAAUUUUCCCCUUUUGAAUCGGAAGUCAUGCGAGGCACAAUUCUACUGUUUCAUUUCACAGAAGAUGAAAGAACAUCGUAAGGGUUUUUUUGCAAGAUGACGAAUAUUGUUGAGUUUGUGUGAUGAGUUGCCUAACCACUGUGAGUUAGGGGAAAGCCAGAUCUGUUUGCCUCCAUAGAUUUCCGCUUUUUUUUUUUGCCUUUUUUUAUUAAAUCUUGAUCUACUGAGAUACAUAAUUUUAACAGCUUGAUACAAUUCAGGUAACAGGAAUUCACAUUCCAAUCAUUUCUGUGACUGCUAAAAGUGCUCUUGUGCUGUAGUUAGUAAAGAGGCAUUUAAGAUAUCUAGCUAAAGGUCAGCUGUGUCUUGUGCACAUACUUCAAAACAAGUCAUAAACACUUUUCUCAUUAUCAUUAUACCUUAACAGAGGGAUUGGGGGAGGGGGAGGGACAGGACAAAAACAAAAGGAGAACUCAGUAUCAGCAAAAAAUCAUAGGCUUCAUGUUCUAAGUUCAGUUUGUUGUGAAAUCAUCUUUUCCAACAAGAGCAUCAUUUAAUCUUCGGCAAAGGAGGAACUACUCCAGUCCAUUUAUUUAGGGCAUAGUAAUUCAGCAUGAAUCAGUAGGUGCAUUACAAAUAAGUUGUUUUAAUAGCCUGGAGAAAGAAUAUUCGCACCAAGUUUUAUUAGCUCUGAGAUUGUGGGAUAACCUAUUCUGAGUGAUACAAGAACUAUGUAAUCUUUAACUCAAACAGUAAACUAAGCAUUUUAUGUAUAUUCCUUAUAGAUAUUACUAAUCUCCAAGUUUAAGCAGAGGAAAAAAAAAAAAAAAAGGUUCAAAGUCAAAUUUCCAGUUCAGCCAGUUCAUCUAAUGAGAAGACUAUGAGACUAUAUAUAGCCAACAUAGCUACACUUUCAGGAAAUUCUCUGAAAUUUUUCAUUAAAACUUCUUUUUUACAUCUUCGCUUUAAAGACCUCAGAGCAUGUUAGGCUGACAGUCAAAUUACUGCAUUUUAAAAUCCUAGCUAGAGUUUCAAAUAUCUCCAUUAAAUGUUUAAUACAUGAUAGCUUUAGGGUAAAGUGAUGAAUUCCAAACCACUAGUAGUUUCCAAAACUGAAUGUGAACAAAACUUCUCUUAAUAUUUUUGUAUGGAAAGAGAGUGUUUGGGGUUUUCUAGCAUCUGCCAGAUGCUAGAAAAGAAGCAGAAGCACCAGCAAGGUCAUAAGACUCCAUUCUCAUGAUGGUUCCUCCUCAGUUUUGCAGAUACGAGAAGUCUGAACAGCUCAAAUUAUGUUUUGAAAUCUGGGUCCUUAUCCAAACUAUCCUCAGAUUUUUACCCUUUUGUUGUUUCACCCAGUGGUGUAACGUAAAACAGUCUCCUGGCAUAGCAACAAACAUUGCACACUCAGGAAACACUGCUCUGGCAGGGUGCAGAUUUCUUCACAGUCCUCCAUUUGGAGGAGUGUGCAUCUCUCCUUCUGCCUCCUCCUUUCCCCAUGCAAUCUGUUGAGGUGAAUCCCCACAAACUACAAAAUUGCCCUAAUUUUUUUCUUUUAAUUUCAGAAUAUAACAAGAGGCUUAUUAUUAUUAAGAAAGCCCUGAAAGUUUGUUUGUUUUUCUCCAGCCAUGAUUCUAGUUUCCUAAGAGUUGAGCUUAACUGUGUUGCUGUAGGAAAUGGGUGCAAGUUAAAAUCAUCACUUCACUUCCACCACUCAACUGAAACUAAAGACGCUCUUAGAAACCCAUUCACCCCUUCCAUUAACCUCAUCCUGUGCAAAGACCUAGAGUGCAUUAACGGCCACAUGAAUUCAAUUUUCAUCCUGCUUCUUACAAAGCAGUCCUGGUAAACUCCCGGCAGCUAGAUUUUAUUGUGAGAAUUGUUUAUAUCUGCAAAUUAGUUGCUCCUUGCUUUUAUAAUAUAUGCAUAGUAUCUGUUUACAUUACAUAACUGCAAAGGUGUAUAUUUGUAACAAGUCAUCAGAAGCCUCUGUUUGAUGGUAAUGCCUAAUUCUUGUAUGUAUCCUACCCUCUUUACUGCAUUAACCCUUACAAUAACUUUUAGCUAUGAGGGCCUCUGUACACCUUUUAAACCUCAUUACCUUCUAUCCAGACAUUCAGCACUUUCUGUGUUUCAUGCAGCCAGGCAGUAAAAGGCUGUGUGAGGAGCUUACCUGUUUCUAGCUAUUCACAUUCACAACUGCUUUUCUACACUUCUUUGCCACGAGUUCUGAAAUUUGUACUGUGUGAAGUGCAUUGUUGUUUUGCGGAACAUGGUUUGUGAAGAAAGAAUAAGGAAAACGAACUCUGCAUACUUAAAGCUUGCCUUUUCAUUGCCAUUUGAUUUACUAAUUUCAUCAGGUGAUGCCUACAAACUGACUUUCAGGUGCUCUUUUACUCCAUCACACCAUCUGUUUGUGCAUUGGGUGCUAACAUAUAGUCUACGUCAGUGAAGGGUAUGAUGAACGCCCGUAUUUUUAACUCUUUUGGGGAUAAAGCUAUAGCCUUAGGCAGAAGAAAAUAACCAAAUUAUACUUGUUUACCCCAUAGGCCAUUUACCCCAUAAGCCAGACUAUAGAAUGCAAAAACCCAUCCACUGGUAUAGAUUUUAUAUAUAUAUAUAUAUAUAUAAAAAAUAUUUAUAUAUAUGGAUUUAUAUAAGCAUAUGCACAUAUAUAAAAAUACAUAUAUAUGUGUAUAUUGUAUAGUACACAUAGCAGUGUGUACUAUAGAUGCUACACACCAAAUAAUGAAUGGAUGUCUACAGAGCAAAAAUAGGUGUCCAUUUCAUUAUAACUAGUGAUGCGUCUGAACCAAAAUCCUAGAUCCAAACACCACUGCAUUUGGAAAGUUUGAACCUGUUUUUUGAGAUUUGUGGUUGAGUUUGAUCUCUGGUUACAGCUGCAGUUACUUGUGUAUAUAUGCAUUCUGGGGGACGUGUGCGCAUGCGCACAUGUGCUUUUUCACAAGCGCGUGCCUGUGUGGGUGACAGAGAAUGUGUGUGCCAAUAAGUGUGCACGUGUUUACAUAUAUACUUCCAGCUUUGGUGAACUAUAAUGUUACUGGUGUCAUCUUCACUUGUACAGUUUUAUCAGCAGCACAUGAAUGCUUCCAUGAGUCACUUUUCAACUCUUUGAAUCACUACAUUGAAGUAUUACCAUUUGUACAGUUAUAUGUUCAUCUAUUCUUGCUCUGCUGUAACUUUUUAUGUAUUUUGUACUGCAUAGAUUAUAUAUUGUGAUAAUGUCCUGUGCAACAACAAUAAAACAGGGAAAAAAAAGGAAAAAGGAAGAAAAUUAACAACUGUAAAAUACUGUCUUAACUUGUAUGCAUGGUUAGUGAUGUUUACAUUUUCUAAAAUAAAACUUAUAACUAUGAAA